AUGAUUUCUCUUCUAGAACUCAUAGCAAAGCUCACGCUAUUCGUUGCACUUCUCUUCGCUUCUCGUUUCCUAUGGAAUUAUCUUCGGUCCCCACUGAAGACUUUUCCCGGUCCUAGUCUAGCGAGUUUCACGAACAUAUGGCGCAUGCGAAAUGUAUCCAAGGGUAGCUGUCAUGUCACGCAUAGCGAGCUGCACCGCAGGUACGGGCCCGCUGUUCGUAUGGGACCGAACAUCCUCAGUCUCUCCGAUCCCAACUUAAUCAGCCUUGUUUAUAAUACUAAGAACCCCUGGCUUAAGAGUGAUAUGUACAAUGUCAGCGACAUUGUCAUCGGUGGUGUUCGACUGAAAAAUCUCUUCUCGAAUCAGAAUGAGAGUUGGCACUCAACUUAUAUACGUCCAGUCAAGAACUUAUACUCUAUGAGCAAAGUUCAAGACGUCGAGAAUAAUAUAGAUAUUACUAUCAAGCUCUUAGUUGACAAGCUCCGGGCGCGGUUUGUCGGCCUAGGUAAGAACUGCGAGAUGUCUGAUUGGAUCAACUUCUUUGCAUGGGAUACUAUGAGCCAAGUCACAUUCUCGCAAGAUCUUGGUAUCCUCGAGGCUGGUAGUGACCAUAAGGGUUUCCUUAGAAAGUCAACUAAGACGCUUGAUUACUUUGCUGCAAUCUGCCAAAUUCCUCUUCUGGACAAUCUAUUCGACAAGAACCCAAUUAAGCGCAUUGGACCCCCGACUUCUCUCUGGGCUACUAUCUUCAGUCUUGAGCAACUCCACAAACGCUACCAAGAAGGAAACCGCGACGGCGAUUUCCUUUCUAAGUUCCUCCAGGUUAAGAAAAAGAAUCCCGAACUUGUCGACGACAACAUUCUUGUCCUCUGGCUACUAUCCAACGUACUUGCAGGUAGUGACUCGACAGCAAGCACUAUGUGCGCGGCAAUUUACCACGUCCUAAAGAACCCUGCCGUUGGUAAGAGACUUUGCGAAGAACUCCGCACCGCUAACCUCUCUUUUCCCGUUCAGUGGAAAGAAAUCCAGGGACUGAAAUACCUUGAAGCCGUGAUGCGUGAGGCAAUGCGCAUUAAUCCUGGGGUUGGCCUCAUGAUUGAGCGUAUUGUUCCGAAAGAUGGUCUCACUCUGCCGGACGGACGCUUCGUGUCCGAGGGGACCACUGUGGGCAUGAAUCCAUGGGUGAUCAAUAGAAACGAGGGGGUUUUCGGUGCCAAAACACAAGAAUUUAUUCCCGAGCGCUGGCUUCAAACCCCCGGGGAGCCUGAAGAGAAGUUCCAGGCGCGCUUUUCUAAGAUGAAAAGCACCGAUUUCACAUUCGGUGCUGGUUCACGUGCAUGUUUGGGACGGUACCUCUCACAGCUAGAAAGUUUCAAGCUGAUUGCGACACUUUUCAACACAUUUGACAUGAAGCUCCCGAGUGGCGACCAUGAGUGGCAGCUCACAAACUCGUGGUUCAUUCGACAGAAAAACAUUCCUGUCUGCCUGGAGGAGCGGGCAUAUACCCUUUGA